UUAACUAAUCUUUAUAGAUCGGAGAGAAAAGAAAAAAACUUCUCUUUAUAGAUGAAAAAAAUUACUAAUAAUUAUAUGAGCACACAGGCCGUUCGGUUGAUUCUUCUUCGAAUCCACUGGACUAGAGAGAGAAAAUCUACAGAGAGAAGAAAUGGGAACGAAAGGCGGCAUAAUGCAUAAAAGAGAUACUUAAUAGUGUUCAUUUCUUCAAUGAAGUCAACUGGCAGUGGAACGGGGGCUCCGAGCAGGAUUGGUGACCGAUCGACCAGUGAUGUUGUUGUUAGGCUACGAACACAGGAUGGCCGAGAUGAUUGGGUAUAUUGUCAUUCGCACAUCCUUGCAGAGAAGAGCAAAUACUUUGCUGAUCGUUUAUCUGAGAGCUGGCCCACGUGUCAGAUCCUAGACUCACGCAACUGUGUUGAGGUUUACUGUCAGGAAUCUGACUUUGACUACCAUGUCACUGUCCUACGCUUCUUCUAUGUUAGUGUGGAUGCUUCAGCAACAGAAAUGUGGCAUGGUGUCAAAAAUGCUCUUGGCAUUCUUCGUGUAGCUGUCGACCUUGGUUGCCCACAAAUCAUCACUGCCUGUGUAGAUUACUUGGAAGCCGCUCCUUGGGAAGAGGCUGAGGAGGAGGAGAUUCUACGUAUCAUUCCAGGCAUGGGCUCGCAAAUGGAACCAAUUAUUGCCCGUCUUCAACCUGUCAAUUCAACAGCUAUAGUGAGGAUUUUUCUCUCAGCCAUCCAAUUUGUUACAUCAUCACCCCCUCCUCUCAUGAAUGAACUAAAAACCUCAGCCCAAGAGCAGAUUGAGUACAUGCUUACAGAAGAUGAUGAUGCCCCUUUACUUGUAGCUGAUGAUGAGAUAAAAUUGGAGGUUAGAGAAUGUGUUAGGGGACUACUAGCGAGAUUCAACGAUCUAGUGGAAUCUUUGUUAUGUGAUCCUGAACAAUCAGUCCCUGAGGCCGAGAAAUAUCAGUUGUUUCAGUUUUAUUUAAUAGAUUUGUCAUGGAGUUGUCAGAUAAUGGCUAAGUUGGAAACAAUGAGGGAAGUUGUUAACAGUUGGACUGAGGCAUCAGAAAAUAUAGUGAAGGUGGUUGAGCAAGCUAGUCCCAAAGCUGAAAUGCUGGAGAUGAAAUUGAAGAUAAUUGAGGUGACAACAAAGAUUUUAGAGGCAAUAGGUUAUGGCAAUGUCAUUUUGCCAACAGCAAAACGGCUUCACAUGGUUAAGGUUUGGCUUCCAUUUGCUAGGGUAAUGAAGCAUUUGAUUGAUUCCAUACCAACUGACGGUGAAGAUGUUUUGGCACCUAAAAUGGAUGGUGAGCUGUGGCAAUCCUUAGAGUCGGCAUUUGUUUCAAUAAUUCUUGCAUUGCCAUCAGUGGACCAGGCGGAUAUUUUGACUGAAUGGUUAGGAAGUGAACAUAUUCGGUACCCAGACCUUACUGAGGCAUUUGAGGUAUGGUGUUACAGGUCUAAGGUUGCCAAGAGAAGACUAACAUCUAUAGGUGCAUCAAUGGUAUGACAACACAUUAUGACUCUUAUUACAUUAUUUUUCACUUCAUUUUUUUCUCCACACUGGUACAAAGUACAAAUACCUCAUUCUUAAUCAAAUAUUGAGAAGUCAAAAGGGUCUUUUACUUCCUAAACUAGAGCAUGGCUUAGAAGGGGAAAUAUUAUAAGAAACGUGGGGUGUCCCAUGGUUUGAUCUUCUUGUUACGGUAUGACACUACAGUUCUCUGGGGCCUGUAAAUUAUGUGAAUACCUGUAAGCUUUUGACUGUUAAUGUGAGAUGAUGCUUUGUAACUGUAUAAUCUUCUGGAUCAGGAUAUGAAACAUUAAAUUCUUUUGACCCAA